AUGCGCAGUGGCGUCCACGCGCCCACGCCGUCCCGGAGGGUCCCGGGCAUCAUGGCGGAGCCGGAGGUCUCCUCACAGACCGCCCGGACCCCGCAGACUAGCGCUCCCUCCGUCGCCACCGUCUCCACAGUCACAGCUCCGCCGGUGGUGGGGGGAGGCGGAGCUGGGGGAAGCAGCAGCAGCAGCAGCAGCAGCAGCGAUCCGGUUCGCCCGGGAUUAAGCCAACAACAACGCGCGAGCCAGCGGAAGGCGCAUGCGCGGAGCUUCCCGCGGGCAAAAAAGCUGGAAAAACUAGGGGUAUUUUCAGCAUGCAAGGCGAACGACUCCUGCAAAUGCAACGGCUGGAAGAACCCAAAUCCUCCCACAGCCCCUCGCAUGGAUCUGCAGCAGACGGUCACCAACCUCAGCGAGCCCUGCCGCAGCUGCGGGCACACGCUAGCUGACCAUGUGUCUCACCUGGAGAACGUCUCUGAGGAGGAGAUCAAUCGGCUUCUGGGGAUGGUGGUGGAUGUGGAGAACCUCUUCAUGUCUGUCCACAAGGAAGAGGACACGGACACCAAGCAGGUUUAUUUCUACCUGUUCAAGCUCCUAAGGAAAUGCAUCCUGCAGAUGAGCCGCCCGGUUGUUGAGGGUUCCCUUGGCAGCCCCCCUUUCGAAAAGCCAAACAUUGAACAGGGCGUCUUAAACUUUGUGCAGUACAAGUUCAGCCACCUGCCUCCCAAGGAGCGACAGACCAUGUUUGAGCUCUCCAAGAUGUUCCUUCUGUGCCUAAACUACUGGAAGCUGGAAACGCCGUCCCAGUUCCGCCAGCGCUCACAAAACGAUGACGUGGCGACCUACAAGGUCAACUACACCCGGUGGCUGUGUUACUGCCAUGUCCCCCAGAGCUGCGACAGCCUCCCACGCUACGAGACCACUCAGGUCUUCGGGCGCAACCUCCUCAAGUCUACUUUUACGGUUACUCGCCGGCAGCUGCUAGAGAAGUUCCGGGUGGAGAAGGACAAGCUGGUGCCCGAGAAGCGGACCCUCAUCCUCACCCACUUCCCCAAGUUUCUGUCAAUGCUGGAGGAGGAAAUCUAUGGGGAGAGCUCCCCCAUCUGGGAGGCUGACUUUACUAUGCCUGCGACAGAAGGAGCCGCCCUUGUCCCCCGGCCAGCUAUCAGCACUGUUCCUGCAGCCAGCACUCCACUCUUCAGCAAAUCUCUGAGCUGCAGCUCUUCCCUGGCGUCUAUUAACCUCGAUGGCAGCUCAUUGGAUUCUGUGCCAGGGGAGAAGAGGAAGCUUCCAGAGAGCCUGACGCUUGAGGAUGCCAAGCGGAUCCGCGUGUUGGGCGACAUCCCGAUGGAGCUCGUCAACGAAGUGAUGUUGACCAUCACAGAUCCAGCAGCCAUGCUGGGGCCUGAGACCAGCCUCCUCUCGGCGAAUGCAGCUAGGGAUGAGACAGCCCGACUAGAGGAACGCCGUGGCAUCAUUGAGUUCCACGUCAUCGGCAACUCGCUCUCGCAGAAAUCAAACAAGAAGAUCCUCAUGUGGCUGGUUGGGCUGCAGAAUGUUUUUUCACACCAGCUGCCUCGAAUGCCCAAGGAGUACAUCACCCGCCUGGUUUUUGACCCCAAACACAAGACCCUGGCGCUGAUCAAGGACGGCCGAGUGAUUGGGGGCAUCUGUUUCCGGAUGUUCCCGACACAGGGCUUCACGGAGAUCGUCUUCUGUGCCGUGACGUCUAAUGAGCAAGUCAAGGGCUAUGGGACCCACCUGAUGAACCACCUGAAGGAGUACCACAUCAAACACAGCAUCCUCUACUUCCUCACCUAUGCUGACGAAUAUGCCAUUGGCUACUUCAAGAAGCAGGGUUUCUCGAAAGACAUCAAGGUCCCCAAGAGCCGGUAUCUUGGCUACAUCAAGGACUAUGAGGGAGCCACCUUGAUGGAGUGUGAACUGAAUCCCCGAAUUCCUUACACAGAGCUCUCACAUAUCAUCAAGAAGCAGAAGGAGAUCAUCAAGAAGUUGAUAGAGAGGAAGCAGGCCCAGAUUCGCAAAGUCUACCCCGGCCUCACUUGCUUCAAGGAGGGUGUUCGGCACAUCCCGAUCGAAAGCAUUCCUGGCAUUCGGGAAACAGGAUGGAAGCCCCUGGGGAAGGAAAAAGGGAAGGAGCUCAAAGAUCCGGACCAGUUGUAUACUACCUUGAAAAAUCUCCUUGCGCAAAUCAAGACCCAUCCCAGCGCCUGGCCAUUCAUGGAACCAGUGAAAAAAUCGGAGGCUCCUGACUACUAUGAAAUCAUCCGCUUCCCCAUUGACCUCAAGACGAUGACGGAGCGACUCAAGAACCGCUACUACGUCACCAAGAAGCUGUUCAUUGCCGACUUGCAGCGCAUCAUCACCAACUGCCGCGAAUACAACCCGCCGGAGAGCGAUUACUGCAAGUGUGCCAACACGCUGGAGAAGUUCUUCUACUUCAAGCUGAAGGAAGGGGGCCUCAUCGACAAGUAGGAGCAGCCCCCGCGGGGAGCGUCCGCCUCCGCCCCUUCCGUCUCGUUGGAAACUCUUCCAGCUUGUGAACGGCUGGACGUUCUUCCUGGCUGCCUUUUGCCGCAUCGCAACGCACAAACCAGAUGUGGUUGGCUGGACGUAAGAGGUUCCCCCUGGCGUGAAAAGGGGGAAGGCACCCGCAGACGGCCAUCUCUGAACGCUUCUCUCCCUUUCACGGCCUGGGAUCUGUUCUCAGCCUUGUUCAUUUCUGAGCCUUAUCACUCCGUCCGUUGGGUCUUCAUUUCCAGAAGGGAGUAACUGGGAGGACUUUGGAAGAUGGCUUUCUCUCCUUCUUGCCAAAAAGGGUUGCCUGAAUCCUCACGUAAGCAUCUUGAGAUCGAACGAGGGACCUGAUGCAGCUUCUCUCUCCCCUGCACACACACACACAUACACACACCCGUACCGACCACCCCAAUUUCCCUUUUGUGCCUGUGGGUCUUCCGUAGUCCCAUGCUACCGGGCCUCUGGAGGGUUUCAUCUGCUUACCCGCCAUCCUUGCUUUAAGGUUCAGCCAUUUCUUCUUGACAUGUGAAUGUACAAAAGGAGCAGUUUGGGGGGCAGAAGAGGACCAAGAGGGUGGGGAGCUGCAAAAGCUGCAGGGGGUUCUCCCUGCUCCCCAAGAGCUUUUGCUGGGACUGUAUCUGAAGCCUUCCCUUCCUUCUGGCCGGUUCACAAGUGUCCACUAGCUCACCUGAAUGCAGUUACCUUUCCUACAGAGGAGAGGAGCCUGUGAAUCGUGGGGCUUACAUCUCAUUGGGCUACAAGAGGCAGGUAAGCCAACGGGUGGGGCACACAAGAAUCCCUUCCCCCCCCCCUUAUAAAACACACACACAAAGCACUUUGCCCUACUCACUAGACUGACCAAGUUCUUGGCCCUCACAAAACCCACCAAAAACUUGGUGCUGGAUCAAAACUUUACUCUCUGCUAAAGAAUGGUUGAGGUACACGGACGGUGGCUUCCCCACAUUCUAGAUCAGAAAGAGCAAAUGUCUUGCCUCCCAUCCCAUCCCAGACACCUCUACUGGGUGUGUGUUUUCUCCCAACACUCCAAUUUACGGACCAUUCCAAAUUAUGUUUCCGCCCUGCUCUUAUUGAACCUCGCACUUCUUUGGUCUGCUACAACCAUGGCUGAUGGUUGUCUGUGCUGAGACCUCUCCCUCCCGUCCCUGGCUUUCUAUCAAGACUAGUCAGACCUCUUCUUUCAGCUUUGGUGCUGCCUCUGACCAUGUCAGUGGAGUUGAUGACUCUCUCUCUCUCUCUCUCUCUUUCUCUCUCAUGCCCUCUCACAUGCACUUCACUGCACAUACAUCGGUGCGUGUCUGUUGUAUUGGUUGUUUCUCAUGCCUUGAUUUAGGGAGCUUAGAAGAGAUUUUGUUUUAUUUUUUUCAUACGGGGGGCCCAAUUUUGCUGCUAACCAGACACUUUAAAGGGAUUGUGCUGCCAUGUUGCCAGACCCAUGCAUCCCACUUGCUUGCUUCAGAAUUCCUGUAAAUUUUGCCACCAUGUGGUGACAUGGGGGUAUAACCACCCAUUGUUUUCCCAUUGAAAAAGCAACAGUUCCUUAUCUCAGGUGGAUUUUACCUCUGACUCUUUAAUUUAGGAUAGGGGAAAGGUAAGGUUCAUGGAAAUAUUAACUCCAUAAGAAUUACAGACAUCGUGGCAAAAGUUCCCUGCAUCGUGGGGUGGAGAAAGGAAAUGUAUGAAGUUCCCUAGAUUUAGCCUUCCCCAACCUGUUGUACUUCAGAUGGGUCCUCUUAGCAUUCAUUCCCUUUGGCCAUGCUGUUUGGGGCUGAUGGGAGUUGAAGUCCAAAACAUCUCAAAGGGCACCAAGUUGGGGAAGGCUGCCAUAGAGUGGUAAUGUAAAUUUAUUUGUGGCCUCAACUAAAUGGGAUAUGUGGGCUGCCGACCAUCUCUUUUCUCCUCUUCCUUCUAGCACUGCCUGAAUUUGCUUGGGUGAUGGGAGGAAGCGUCAGGGACGGGAGGGCUUCUUCCUCCUGGGCUUCUUUCCUUCUCUCUUGAUUUGACAGAUUCAUUCAGUAAAAGUGGAGAAAAGAAACAGAAAAACUGGGUGAGUGAGGUGGGAGUCCAAGUGGCACACAUUGGCUGGGUUCACACAACAUAACAAGCCAGAGUGCAGGUUGAGUACGAGCUGUCAUUGAACCAUGGCUUAUUAUUGAAUCAUGGGUAGUUGUGUUGUAUGAAUGCAGCCUCACUAACAAACCAUGGUUUGAACCACAGGCAACACGUGAAGCAAAUCCAUGGUUUGUUAUUGGGUGGUAAACUCUGGGUUGUUUGUGGUUAACAAACCAUGGUUUAUUAGCAUGGCUGGGUUCACAGAACACAACUACCAACUAUUCAAAAACCCACAGUUCAGCAACAACCCAUACUCUGGCUUGUCGUAUUGUGUGAACCAGGUCGUUUAGCUGCCAGUCACUUUGCUUCUUGCUUGUGGGUAGUCUGUCCAGGUAGACUUUGCAGGGUUUAAGCAUUUGCUCUAGAAAUCCUAAUUGGGUUGGAGGUUCAGUGGGAUUCUCUGAUUAAUACCUUUCUGGGGAUUCAGUGUAAGAUGUAACAUCAUAUUGCUUCCAAACCAGCCAUCAGCGUCCAUCAGUGCUGAGCCUUUUGCCUCAAUCACAAAGUCUAAAGAAGUUUCGAUGGGAAAUAGAUUAAUGAUGUUCUCCCACCUCAUCCUGGUCUCUUCUUCCAACCUUCUGCACAUUCAUCCUCUCCUUCCCCUUCCCCUUCCUCUCAUUAUAGGGGAUUUAUUUGCCUGCUAUACAUUUGAGGAACCUUAUAAUGGAGUGGAGAGAGGGAGGGAAACAUUUAAGUGGCGAUCCACCUGCCUUCUCUUAAGUGACUGUUGCCUUAUGCCCACCACAUUUGUGUGCUUAACCUGUACAAUUGGAGGGCCUGGGUCUGCCAUUCUGGGCCUUUCGAUAAUGUUGCCAUUCCAUUUUUUAAUAAAUAAAAGGAGCAAAAUAAUAAAGAAUAUGUCUGAAGUAGAAA